AUGGCGCCUCGAGGGAAAUCAAAACCUGCCAAAGUGACCGCUGCAAGUCAUCAGCCCUCGAAACCUCAGCCACCUAAUUGGCCUCCGUUGGCUCCUCUGGUCCCAGCAGAGCAUCUCUAUAUCGAGACAGUUUUGGCGGGACAGAUCCUUGUGAUUCGAAAGCUGUUCACGUCUGCGCUAUGCAAAACUUAUGUGUCAUUUCUGUCCUCGCUGCCACUCACUACGACGCCAGGAAAGCCUAAACGGGGAGAAGCGACGAGAGUCAAUGAUCGUUUCCAGAUCGAGGAUGCUGUAUUUUCUAGGAUGCUUUGGGAGCAAAGUGGACUGCGGCACCUGGUAGAAUCCUUCGAAGACUCGGACGCUUUCGGUGGCGACGUGCUAGGUCUAAACCCAAACAUAAGAGUGUACAGAUACCGGCCUGGUCAAUUUUUCGAUCAACACUAUGAUGAAAGUAAUAAAUUACAGUUUGGCGAUGAGAAAGCGCCGGCGAAGACCACUUGGACGCUUCUGAUCUACUUGACCACCUGUGAGGGGGGUGAAACCGCCUUCUACCCUGAGUCCGGCAGGAAAGAUGAACAGACGCCUGAGCCUAUUGUGGUUGGACUCGAGACUGGCAUGGCUCUUCUGCACAAGCAUGGCGACGAUUGUUUGCUUCAUGAGGGCAGAGAGGUUAAGAGUGGCGAGAAAUGGGUGCUGAGGAGUGAUCUCGUCGUACGGAGAUGA